ACGUAGCCUUCCAGCCGAUGUGGGAUUUGGGCCGACAGCGACGUCUUUUUUCUUUUUUUUUUUUUUUCUGUUUGCAGGCUGAAAAAACGCCUCGGCGUCCGUAACCAGAGGGGUUUUAACUGUACCAGGGCAGCAGGAUGAACGCGUAACUGAUCUGCGGCGGACGGUUCGACUUUUGGAUGGAGUUUGUUUCUUUAACCAAACUCUGAGGGGGAUCGGAAUUUACCGGUGACAAAUCUGAGAGAGGGAAGAGAAGAAGAAGGGGAAAAAAGGAGGAAAGAGUGGAUCAGGAACUUUGUUUUUAACGGCAAGGAAGGAAGGAAAUAAGAUUUAAAGAAGUAAAGAGAAACUUUUUUUUUUUUGCGCUCUGCGUAAAAAUAAAGAAAAGCUCCGACCAUGGCGAAAAAGUAUGAUUUCCUCUUCAAACUGCUGCUGAUCGGGGACAGCGGAGUGGGCAAAACAUGUCUGAUCAUCCGCUUUGCUGAGGACAACUUCAACUCCACGUAUAUCUCCACCAUCGGCAUCGACUUUAAGGUGAAAACCAUCGAGGUGGACGGGAAGAAAGUGAAACUACAAGUCUGGGACACAGCAGGUCAGGAGAGGUUCAAGACCAUCACGACGGCCUACUACCGAGGAGCCAUGGGCAUCAUCCUGGUGUACGACAUCACAGACGAGAAGUCCUUCGAAAACAUCCAGAACUGGAUGAAGAGCAUCAAAGAGAAUGCAUCGGCCGGGGUCAGUCGGAUGCUACUAGGCAAUAAGUGCGACAUCGAGGCCAAGAGGAAAGUUUCCAAGGAGACGGGAGAAAAGUUGGCUAAAGACCACGGCAUCAGGUUCUUCGAGACGAGUGCAAAGUCCAGCAUCAACGUCGAGGAGUCUUUUCUGGCUUUGGCACGAGACAUCCUACAGAAGUCCAACAAGAAGCCGGGUCCCACGGGUCGGGAGGUGAAGAUCACCAGCAGCACAGAGAAAAAGUCCUCCAAAUGUGUUCUCCUCUAGAUGUGAUGCCGGCGGAGGAACGCAAACUGAAGAACACAGGAAAAAAACAAAAAAAAAUCCAAACAAACAAUAAUAAUAAUGCAGCGAGUUUUCUGUCGCCAUCUGGUGGCCAGAAUGACAAUUACAGUUUCGGCCAGAGUUAUUCAUCUCCAGGCGAAAUUAUGAUUUAAAGCAAGCUUUUAUUUGAGUUGCAGGUUUUUUUUCUGCCUGGAAAUGACAAACGAGUGAGAAAAAACAGUAAGACAUUGAAAUAUAGGGUUGUUGUUUUUUUUUUAAAACACUUUUUGCUGAAAAUUCGUAUUUAUAUCCCUUGAAAAUAUAAUUUUUUUGUCAACCUUUGAGAAAAUGCAGCUUCUAUGUAAUUCCAAAUGGCUUCUGUUAAUUUCUACCAAGUUCUAGAGCACUCUAAUACACUAAACACUGAGUUUUCUGCAAAAUUGGUGACAAUAAUGAUUAAUUUCGGACGUGACAUUUAGUGAAAAAGUUAAAUUAAUCCACUAAACUCCAACAUAAUGUCUUACUGUUACUUGUUUAUGUCAUUUCCACUCAGAAGAAUCCUGUUGCUCAAAUAAAAAAUCACUCUAAAUCUAAAUUUGGCUUUGAGAUGAGUACAUUUAGAGCUCACAGGUGCUAAAAGUCUGUUUCUAUACCUACAGUAAAUCCCCUCAGACUUGUACGGUGCCCAGUAAAAACACAAAACGCCAUGAAACGCCCCGAUAGGGUUCCAAAACCUGUUUCUGCACCAGCAGUGUUUAAUGUCUGCAAGGAACCUCGUCUGUGUUUUUAAUGUCACCGUUUUAUUCACUUCUUCUGUUCUUCUGUGUGAGCAGCAGCAGCAGCAGCAGCAUUUAGGAUUCGUACACGAUGUGACCGAUGUGUUCGUUAUUCCAGAUUUAAGGAGCAACGGGCGGCGCAGAGAUGACGUUAGAUGGUUUUAAAUACGGGAGGGAGACGCUGGAUUCAGUUGUCCUCGGAGCUUCAGUAAACCGAGCACCGCUUUAUUAAGUAAUGCAUAAAAUAAAUGUAAUUAGCUGAUUGAGUUAAACAUUUUCAGCUGCAAAAAUGUGUAAUAAUGUCACAUCUGCUUAAUAAUGUGCAUAAUUCAAACUCAAAUUAAUGAUAGUUGAUUUAAAAAGAAAUUCAAGUUGAGGUCAUUUAAUGAAAUGGGCUUGAAAACGAAACUUUUCACCAGAUUUCAGGUCCACUUUCCUACAUCUGGAGCGCUCUUAAAACACAUGUUCAUAAUAAUGUCAAUUAGGUGCUUAAAAGUUCAUUAUUUUAAAGUGCAGUGGAAAUACAAGUUGGACCAACUUAACUUUAAUCAACUUCAUUAGUUGUGUUUAUGCUGCCAAUCAUUAAGUAAUUAAAAAUAAAAGCUAGUUCAGUUAACUCAGUGUAGUUUGUCGGUUAAACAUCAUUUCAUUAGAAUUUGUCACAACUCAAAAAGAUUCAAACUGUUUUUGUUUUUUGUGUUUUUUAGAGUGUAAAAGCGACUGGAUUGUUCUUGGUGAUGUUUUAACUGUUAAUCCAAGAAGCCUCUUAGAAAUAACACUAGAUUUUUGAGAGAAUUACAGAAAAAAACUGACAAAA